AUGUUUGUACCAAGACAAGUAGUCUUGGCAAAGAACCAAUUAUCGCAGUCAAAGCAGCUGACCGCAGACGGCCGAAUCGAGCUCCGCGACGACGAAACGUGCUCCUCGGCGCUGGCCGGAAAAAUCGACAAGCUAUUAGAAUCCCACGCCAAGGUCGUCACCAAGCUCGACAACCUGCUGGAGACGCUCACGCGUGAUCGGCGCGAGGCGCGAAUCGAGAAAAGCAUCGAAGCACUCAGGCAGACGCUUGUGGAGAUCCUAGGGAGAUUAACGACGGGAACCGGCCGGCCGAGCGCGGCCGCCGCUGUCGAUGCAACCUCCGAUCCUCGGGAUAUCGAUUUGGUCACGUCACACGGGAGCUCUGAGCAGAGCAGAAGCGAGAAGCAGAGCCGCAAGGCGAUGCUGAAGCUCGGCAUGGAGCCUAUUACUGGUGUUUGCAGGGUCACCUUCAAGACAACCAAGAACAUACUAUUUUUCAUCUCGAAGCCAGAUGUGUUCAAGAGCCCCAGCUCGGAUACAUAUGUCAUAUUCGGCGAGGCCAAGAUCGAAAACUUGAGCUACCAGCUGCAGAGAUUAUCCUACCCUGCUGCAGUUGCUACUGCGGUGGAUGGUGACGAUGAUGAAGAAGAUGACGAGGAUGAGGAUGCCGAAGAGGUCGACGAGAUCGGAAUCGAUCCUCGAGAUAUCGAUCUGAUCAUGACACAGGUGGGAGUUCCAAGGGCUAUGGCCUGCAAGGCUCUCAAGACCCACAGGGGCGACAUUGUCAGCGCCAUCAUGGAACUCACCACUUAG